GCCUGAAUUGCAGAUUUCCAGGCGGUCGGGUGGGAUGUGAGAAUUGAUACUGGCAGAAACAUGGUGACGCCCUGAAACCGCACUCCCAACCGUGGGACGCUGUUGACCUCGACUCCCUGCUCCCACCACCACCGCACGAUCCCGGUGCCGCAAAUGGCAUCUCUUUGGAGUUGCAGGGCCGUGCCGCCGAGCCUUGGGCCCCUCUCCGCCCGUCGCUGCCAGCAGGCCAGCAGAGGCGCAGCAACCGCCGCGGCAGCAGCAGCACACGCAUCACAGACGAGACAGGGGGCAGCACCGAGGACAUGGCCGGCGGCACACGCACCCCGACGGUCCCUGCACGGUACGGCGGCCCCGCGGAAGCAAAAGCUGCCAGAGGACACGGCGAGCAUGCAAAAGAUCAUCCUGCGCGCGGCCGAGAAGAGGAAGGGGUCAAACAUGGUCGGCGCAUACGACACCUACGUCCACGUCCAGGACACGCACAAGUUCUUCUCGGCCCGCGCCGCCUACACCAUCUCGCCCGAGGCGCGCAAGAAGGACACGAUCCGGAGGACAGAGGACGGCGAGGAGAUUGGAGUGGGGGGCGGGCCGUGGCAUCAGGACCUCGGCCUCCUCCCGACCUUUAGCACCUGGGCGCAAGUGACGAUGCUGCACAUGUACCUCGCCAUCGUGCGGUUCCGGUGCCUGGACAAGGAGCAGUACCAGAACGUGCAGAAGCAGCUCGUAGACGCCUUCUUCUACGAGGCCGAGGAGCGCAUGGACGUGCAGCACGGCCUGUCGUCGCGCUCGCUGCGCCAGCACCACCUCAAGGACCUGUUCCUGGCCUGGCGCGGCCUCGUGCUCGCCUACGACGAGGGCAUGGUCCGCGGCGACGCCGUCCUGGCCGCCGCCGUCUGGCGCAACCUCUUCAAGGCCCGCCCCGAGCCCGAGCUGGACCUGCGCCGCCUCGCCGCCGUCGUCGCCUGGAUGCGCGCCACCGUCUUCCGCCUCGACCACGUCCCCGACUCCGACGUCGUCGCCCGCGCCACCUCGGCCUUUGAGGCCUCGCCCGCCGCCGAGCUGCCCUUUGUCGACGUGCCCGCCAAGGAGCUCGUCGGCGUCCUCCCCGGCGGCGCUGCUGCCAAGCCCGGCGCGAAAAGCCCUGCUGCCAGGGCUGCUGGGACCGCGUGAUGUUUGAUUGCCCAUGGUUCACAUGAGCAAGAGCUUUUGCUUCUUCUUUUCCCCGUCUCGUCUCGGCCGCUUCGGGGCAUAUAAGCACAGUCUAUGCUGCAGAUGCCCUUUAUUGGUCAAUGUAAAAUCACCCAUGUCUUGUACAUAAUGGAUAUGAAAAAAAGCUUGUAGGAUGUACCCCAGCAUAUACCCACUCGAGGUAUAAGGCAGUUGGCGUACACCGGAGCUGGGGAGGGGCAAGGGGAAAAAAAGGCAGGCUGGCGUUUUUCUUUUUUUGUCUAGGUGAGGAUGAUCCCGGGGCUACCUAGGCAGGCUUGCAGGAAGGUCAAACACAUGGGGGGACCAGGCUGUUAUGAUAUCCAUCUCCACGAAACCACAUCGGUAUAGAGAAAAAUCCGGAAAAUGGCCGCCGUUGCCCGCAGAGACUACAGUGAUCCGAUCCACCACCACCGGCCUAUGUCGCCUCGGC